AUGUUGCAAAACAGUUGUCGCAUUUGUGCAACUGACACAGAUGCAUCGAAAUCAACAAAUCUUUUUGAGAGAAGUGCACGCAAACUGUUGCGACAGAUAAAUCUACUCACCGGCGUUGCUUUGGAAAUGAAGUCAGAUUUACCCACGCUUAUAUGCAACAAUUGUCAAAAUGAUCUGAACUGUGCCAUGGAAUUUCGCAGACGUUGCCUGCGCAAUCACAGGAGAUGGACCCAACAGUCCCAUGAGGCAUCCGAGCCGAAGCCAGCUCCCGGGUCUCCAUCCACACAUCUAAGUUACGUGCGUCGAAGUACAAGAAUCCGGAUCCAUUGUCCUAGCGAGGAUGAGGAAGUCGACGAAGCGCCCUUGAGUCCCAUGGAAGUUCUUAUCAAAGUGGAGCAUUCAGGCAAUGAUGCUGAUAGAGACGAGGGUGUCGAUCACUUGGACACGGAGACAUGUAAUAUUAAUGAUGAGACCGCCAACAUAUCCACUUUGGAUGAUGAUAAUUAUGUGCCAAUGCCAAUGAAAAGCAAGCGACGUCGACGCUUAGCUAAAUCCACCGGCUUAAAGCAGCCGCGCAUCAAGCAAAAGUUGCCGGUUUUCUUUUGCGAUCAGUGCGGCAACAACGUAACCGGCAAAUCCGCCUUCGAUAGACAUCUGCGGAAGCACAGCGGUAUUCGACCCUUUCAAUGCGAGCAGUGCCCGGCACGCUUUCUAUCUGCCGGCGAGCUGAAGGGCCAUCAAGUGAGGCAUACCGGCGAUCGAAAUUUCCCGUGUCGCUACUGCGAUCGAAGUUAUGUCAACUAUAGCGGUCGACUGCGUCACGAACGCACCCACACCAACGAACGCCCCUUUGUAUGUACGCAUUGUGGCAAGGCCUUCACCAACUCCUACAUACUCAAAAAUCACAAUCUGGUGCAUACGGGCGAACGGUUAUUUAGAUGUGAUUUAUGCGAGCGCUCGUUCUCACGACCCACUCACCUAAAGACUCACUUUCGCUCCAAUACUCAUAAACAGAAUGUGGAAAAGUCAAGUGCUCUCGAGCAGCAUCCGCAUCCAACAAAAGCGGAAGAGCUGCUUCCAGUUUUUGAAAGCGACUUGCCACAGCCUAAUAUUGAAGAACAAGCCAUGAUCCUCGUCACAGUUGAAGUGCCUUUGGAGUAGUAGCAGUUGCUGUUGUGAAUCAGCACAUGAUAUCAUAAG